CCUAAAGGAACAAUAUGUCGGAUAAGCACAGAUCCAUGUGAUUUUUCAGAAUAUUGCAGUGGAAUGUCUGAGUUUUGUGUGCCAGAUAUGAAAGCCGCUGACUUAGAGCCAUGUAGUAAUAAGACCACCUAUUGCUUUGGAGGAAAAUGCCAAGAGCCAGACAGAUAUUGUAUGGAGUUAUUUGGAAAAUUUGCUAAAGGUGGUGAUUAUCUAUGUUUACAAGAAGUGAAUAUUCAUGGAGAUUCAUUUGGAAACUGUCGAGGGCUGUGUCCAUUUAGAAAUACCCUUUGUGGAAAGCUAGUCUGUCACUGGAUGCAUACACGUAUAGUGGUACCAUUGGAAGCUUAUGAUAUGCAAUAUACUUACUAUGCAGGUCAUGUGUGUAUAUCAGCAAAUAUGAGAAAUCCUACUCCUGAAACGAAAACAUAUGUAGGUGAUGGCACUGCAUGUGGUUAUGAGAUGUUUUGUCAUGGAAGAGUUUUGCAAACCUAUCAGUAAUUACAACAAUCCAGUAACCUGUAAUUCAACAGAGAAAUGCCACGGACAUGGGAUUUGUAACACUAGAGGCAAUUGUCAGUGUGAUUAUGGAUAUGCCCCUCCCAGAUGUUUAUCAUCGCCGUCAUCCCCAGGAGGAAGCGUAGAUGAUGGGUUUUGGU